CUGUGGGAAGGUCCCGAUUUGUGCGGGGGAGCGGCGGGUGCGCGGCACAACCGGGGGGGUCUGCUCGGCACCCACCGGCACCGGCACCGGCACCGGCACCGGCACCGGCACCGAACAGCACCGCCACCGCCAGCGCACGGCACCGGCUCUACCUCAACGCCUCCUGCCGCCCCGACACCGCCACCACCGGUUUGAUCUUGACGGCUCUGUCAGGAGCCCUCCACAGCUCCCUGGGCACCACCAUGGGGCUGACUCUGCCACUGUAGCCCACCCAUGCUCCACAGUACAGCAUGGACCCCCUUGGCACCAGUGAGGGGUUCAAGGCCACCCCACGCUCCCUGGCUCAGGCCUUUGCACUGAAGCCAAGUGAAGAAUCUCACAAUUGCACUACACACCACUUAACUUUGAUUCCUCUGGCAGCAAAGCGGCUCCGCCACCAACAAGACCUCGAGGGCUGUUUUUCCCCUCCCUGCACAUCACUCCCAUUUCUGUGCCUGGAAUCUGGUGCCCAGCAGAAGCUCUAACUCACUGUCCAUCCCACUGGACCACUCCCCACCAUGUUUCAGCGUCUCACCAGCCUCUUCUUCAGUGACAGCAAUGCGCCAGAGGGCCUAGAGGAGCCCAAACCCUUUGUCGAGGAGGAAGAGGAGGAGGAUGGCUGGCUCGUAAUUGAUCUUGCAGGCAGCCGUGCCCGCCCCGGCCCAGCCCGGCGAGGGGGUGCUGGCGGUACCGGGCGCUCGGCGCGGCCCCGCCCGACGCCCCCUGGUCCGCCACCGCCACCAGCCGCUUCCCCGGCUCCGGCCGGUCCCUGCUUGAUGGACGAGAGUUGGUUUGUCACCCCUCCCCCCUGUUUUACUGCAGAGGAGCCCGGCCCUGACGGCGUGGGGAGCAGCCCCAUGGAGGACCUGCUCAUCGAGCACCCCAGCAUGUCCGUCUACGUCACCAGCACCCUCGAGGUGGAUGGGGAGGGCCCCGAGGACGAUGCUGCCGGGGAGGUGCUGGAGCCGCGGCUGGAGCGGCACAUGGUGCACCACGGCCGGUCCCUGGCGGUGAAGGCGGCCAUCCUGGACAAGGUGGGGCAGGCGCAGAGGGUGCAGCGGGCCAAGCAACUGGCAGAGCGGCACCGGCUGGGCCAGAAGGCACUGCAGCGGCAGAACCGCGCCCGGCAGCGCCCGCCCCGCCGCACCAAGCAGCUCCCUGGGGCCUUUGUGCACCAGCCCUGCCAGCGCCACUGCAACUACUGACCUCGCCGGGACGGCUGUGCUGCCGCUGCCCCGCCGAGGGGGCCCUCACCCCCUGACACCGGCCUCCGGGAGUGCCGGCCCCCACGGACACCGGUGACACCGGCUGCGGUUCCACUCCACGCCCCCCACUCCCGCUAGCCUGGCCCACACUCCUCAUCUUCCUCCACCCGCCCUCACUGCUCCCCUCACCCCUCGUCUUCGAUGCCAGCUGGGCCAGCAACCUCUGGAGCUGCCGGCAUGGAGGGCCAUGCUGACCCCCCCACCCUCACAGCCUCGCCAGCCUUCACACAGGAAAUCGGUAUUCCCUGGGAAAUCACCUGUUCCCGAAAUCCAUGGCGAAGCCUGUUUGUCCUGACAAGCCUGUGACAACAGUGCCUUUCCUCACUGCAUCAUGACUCCACGUACAGCCAGGCUGGGAUGUCACAGAGACACCGAGCAAAGGCGAAAAGAGAAACAAAGCCACGAGAUCUGGGAUUUUUAGGAAUAUCUCAUCAAUGACACUAAGUAAUGCUUCCGCCCUGCACAACCAGCAAAUACUCCCCUCCCUCCUUGACUUCUUAGUUACGUUGUUACCAUGAUAAACCCCCACUGCAGGUCCUUAAGGGGCUCGUGGUGAGAAGCACUCGUGGAACCUUUGUGGCCGGGUCAGCCAGGUGGCUCCUGAUGCGUCACGGUGUUUUUUUUAAAUCAACCUUAAAAGCAAUCUCAGGAAUCAAAGCACCAUCCCAGCGCCGUGCCGGAGCCCUUGGCCACUGUGCUGGGAGGGGUGGCCAGCCCAGGGCAGUGGUGGCAUCACCGUGGCUGGUGACCCCACCCCUUCCUCCUGGAGCCACUCGCCUGCCCCAGCCACACCUCUUUCCCUACAGAUGCGCCUGUAUAUGUGUGUGUAUAUAUUUCCCUCCAUACCUUUAUACUUGGAAAAGGCACUGUUAAGCCAAGGAGCAUCGGCUGCCUGGUGGCAAUCCCUGGGAGGGGAGCAGAGGCAGGGAUCUGCACAGCUUCCCUGAGGUGGCAAAAGCAUGUCGAUGGUGGUGGUGAAGAGAUGCUGAAGAAGAGGCCAGAGGGAAGAGGCCGAAGUAAGGACAAAGAUGGGUCUAGGAGUGGCUGCAAAGGGUCAGGAUGGGGCAGGCCUGAGUGAGAGGAUUGCUGUAACAGGAGCUGUAACAGGAGCAUCUUCUUUCCCGAUCCCUGCUAAAAAUUGCAUCCUUUCCCAUCAAGGGCCAAAUCCCAUUGUAGAAUACGUUGAUUUUUAAUGCAAGUCCCUCUCCUCCCUGUGACAGAUUCAUUCUGCCUUUGGAAGAACAUGGUCUAGACUUUUCACUGGCUCCAGCACCAGCUGAGAUGGCUCUAAACCCAGCAGAAAUUUGCUGAUCGCCCCCAGCUCCCUCCCUUUAGGGACAGGUUUUGCACCUUCUGCCCUGGGAAAGUAUCCGGCUUGUGGCCAGCUCACAGCCUGAAUUCCUACCCUCUGAAAAAAGAUAAACCCUUACAACCCCCCAAAAAAUUCUGAUUUCACAGGAGUUUCUUCCAUUCACCAUGUUACAUCCCUUAAUAUUAGCCGGGGACCUCAGCUGAAGGAAUUGUGGUGAGCCCAACUUCAGACAGCUGGUAGUUUUUAAUUCUUUUAAAGAGAUUAAAAACAAACUGGUCCAGGCUCUGGGUUGGGGAGCCUGGCCCGCAGGAGCCGGAUGCUGCUGCUCACCUGCAGCGUUUCUCCUCCACUCCAAUGAUGUAGUGUUCUUAAAAGCACAGAGCUGGGGAAGUCAGUGUUACCCCCUGCCCUUGGCAUUGUCCCACACUCCUUGGGCCUCCUGGCAACCUCUGUCCCUUGCUGAGCCUGAGACCACACUGGAGAUCGCCCUGUCCCGCCUCUAGUAUCUUCUUGGUGAAGACACUGACUGGAGGGAAACGUUUACCCCCUUUGGCUUCCUGGGCUUCACACUAAAUGCCUUUUCUUCCCCCUGAAGUGAUGCCUGGUGUGAACCAGGAGCAUGGCAUGUGCAGGGACUCUGGCAAAGGUGCUUGUGAUGACAAGCAGGGGCUGAGCCCGAGUUCCCGGAUGUCCGAUGACGUGCUGCCUUCCCUGUCCCACUCUUCCCAUGUUGCUGGAUGAUCUGCUCUGUGGCCACCAGGCAGAACCAUUGGAGGAAUCAUUUUCUCUCCAGCCCAAAUACACAUCAAGAAGUGGAGAAGCCACACAGUGUCCUGCCCCCCAGCCCAUUCUCCACUGCAAAUUCUCCUCCUGCACAUCCAAGUCGCCGCCAGUCCCUCCAGAGCACUCCAGAAAUCAGAGGCUGGUUGCGACCCCAUUACCCUCCACAGCUCCCAAAGGAACAGGCAGCAGUGAGCUCAGGGCAGAUCCUGCCCUGUCUCACCUACCAGGCUUUCCUGUGCCCACUGGUCUGCAUGGCAAUGGUACCCCAGGAGAAAUCCCUCAUCAAAAUCCUCCUCUGUGUCCUGCUCAUCUGUUGUGAACCAGAACCUCUUGGCCAUGUUCCUGGGGAGCUUGGGGCAGCCAUGGCACUGAGACUGACACCCAGCCCCCAGCUCCCAGCCCCCAGGCACCCAUUUCCAACAGGUGAUGCUGGUUCUCAGAAACGAAUGCAAACUGUUCUUUUCCUUUCUUCUUUCCAUGCCAGUCUGAGGUGUCUUUCCUCAUGCUGUGCCCAGCAAGCACAGGACAUGAAGCAGAACUAUUAUCACACUUUAUAUCCAGAGUAUGUUUAUAAAGGAUUAAUAAAUUAUUAAUGUUUUCAUGAAGAGGUUAAACCAGAGUCCAAGCAGGUUAGCAGAGUGCAUGUACCACAGCAAACCUCUGCUCCUGCAACCCCCCUCUGUUGUUUGCACACUUGUUGUGUAUUAACACCUAACACUCACCUGCCAACCCCCUGCAAGGCGACUGUCACCCCCUAGUGUGACCCACCCUCCCUGUGCUGUGGCAAAAGGGUGUUCAACCUGUGCUCUUGCCCAGCAGUAAGACCUCCUGCCCAUUGUUGCCAGAACAAGAAAAUUCCUUUUCAUUGAGGUUAUUUGUCUCCUCGAACCUUAAAACAAAUGAAAGGUGCUUAAAAACUGAGAACUUUGGUGUGUGCACCUGUGUGCAUGUGUAGAUACUUCACAGCCUGGUGUGGGUGUUCAGUAUGUGGGGUUGAGGUUUUUAGGGGUUUGUUGGUUGGGGUUUUUUUUGCACCCAGUGUUGUGAUGAGUUGGGUGGUGCUCCUGAUGGGAAGGUGCUCACAGGGAGCCCUUGGGCUGGUCCUGCUGGGACAACUGGGAUGAUUUUGCUUUCUUUUCUUUACUUUUGUAGGGGGAAACUACAGCAUGGACUCAGGGACAAACCAAUCUGCUGGGGUCUUUAAAAAUGUCUUUUUUCCAGGCUUCUCUGCUAGGAUGUGGGGUUUGGUUUGGUCUGUGAGGGAUGUUGCAGGGAUGGGGCCUGUGGCAGAACAUGGUGGUGAGAGGCUGCCCAGGCUGUGUUGGAGGAGCUGCAGGGUUUGGUGCUCUGACAUUCCGGUGUGGAAAAGGAGCUGUGGCCCCUCAUGGUGGGGCCAUUCUUGGGCAGCAGCCCCUCUUGUUUGUUCAUCUCCUGAGAAUUCACCUUAUAGUUGCUAGAAUGUGGCUUGUCCCUUUUUGGACUUUUCUGUGAACAACCAGGUACAGAUUUUCAGCACUGAGCCUCCAAGGAUUUGGGAAGUGCAUCAGAGCUGGACGUUCUGGCCUGACUCCUACGACAUCACUGGGAUCAGGAGACAGCCAGGAUGGGGGAAGCCAUUGGAACAAUCACCUGGAAAAAUGGUGAUGUAGGUGACAGGUGGAUUUGAGGGAAGAAAUUUUUGUAUUUCUUGCACUGAAAGCAUAAAAAAAGGAAGAAUUCCUGGUGGAGAGGCCUGGGCAAAUCUCUGUUCAGUAAAUGCCAGCUUUUCUGGGCAGCAUGGCAGUGCUGGGGUUCAGACAGGUGAGAUGAGUCCAGCCACAGCAGCAGCUUUGCAGCCCUGUUCUGGAAUUGCAGUGUGGAAUGGGCACAGACGGGCAGCUGGGAGGGCAGUGCUGUCAGUGCUGGCUGGAGCUUGUGGAGGCAGCACACCCUCUACAGUGGGAAGGAUCUUUCCACCACCAUUGAAGCCCCCAUGGUGUAGGAAUCUUCUCCAAGCAAGAUUUGCAUCUCAGCUGAGUUGUUUUGGUCCGGCUGCCCUGGUACUUGUGUGAUGGAUGAACCCGAUGUGUGGCGAGGCUCCCCCAGCCAGCAGGACAGGAGUGGGAGGGGUGGCCCUCCUGCAGAAGUGCCGGCUCUUGAGAUGUGUCAGGACACCCCCGUGCCCCCCACCUUCCCAUAGCUGUGCUUCCUGCACCGGUCAAGGCCAGGCUGGAGGCCACGGCACAUGCAGGACACUCACUGGUAGCCACAACAAAGUCCUCACCCCGGAUUUUGGCUGUUGCUUGUGCUACAAGGCUGGGGGGGGCUGCUAAGGGAGUAGCAGCAGAAGCCUUCCUCAUCUGUGUGAGUGCUGCAAUCUGCACUCACAAAUCUGCAUUCCAAAAACCUCUGCUGCAAAAGCUUCGUCUGGGAGGAAAACAAUUCUUUUCAUGGGAGUCGGCGUUUCUUUCUCAUCAUGGAUAACAUAGAUGCAUGGCUCAUCCCAAAGACUGCUGUGGGAAUUUUCUCUCUUUAGGCAUGUUUCUAAUCAAUAAUUUUACAUCAUACCGAUACCUUUUCCUCUUCCAUCCAACCCCAUUGGGGAGAAAAAUACCCACUUAGAUGUCUUAUCAUACCAGUCAGAACAAAAAAAAAUAUGAAAAAAACCUACAGCGAGGUUAUAAGCUUGACUCCCACAGCUUUGCAGUCACUCCUGUGGAGGACCAGUAUAAAUUCCAGUGCCCUGCAUAAAGUGGAAAGUAAAUGUCAUGUGAAUUUAUUGAAAAACAAUUGAGUCGCCAGAGAUUACACAUCUAAUAAUUAGGAAACGGACAGUAAGAAGUGAUAGGUCACCUCAAGCCAAGCAAGAUGGUUUUCAGCAUCUGCCAGAAGGCAACACUGAGCCCCGCUGGCCUGGGAAUGGAUGGUGACGGUCCCUGAGUGUCCAGGUAAAAAUGAGAAUCCAUCUGUGUCCAGCUGGUGCCACGGGGACUCUCGAGCCACCAGAGAUUGUCAGCCACCACCAUUCCCACAAGCGACUUGGAUAUGCCUCAAGUUUGCUGCUCCUUUGCUGUCUGCACUCAGAAAUGCUGGUGGCAGGAGGGAUGUGCAGGCACCCCACAAUUGUCCCCAAGUUCUCAGAGCUUCCCACCAAGUCCUUCUCCACCACAGGACUGUGUCUGGUGACCUCCUUAGCACAGCUGCUCACAGGGACUGGAAUCUGAGGACAGACAUCCACAGCACUGGCAGCCUCUCCAUCCCGGGGAUCUGCCAUGGUCAGACCCACCUAUCAGACCUUCUGGGGGCAUUAAGAGGCCUUAGUUGGGGCUGAUCCCUUUAGGGUUUGUCUUCUUUAGGGUGGAGCUUUCUAUUUCUGCCUGUUUCUCUCAGAUAUGCUCAAUACAAAGUCAGUAAUUUCCCAUCAUCCUCACGGGCUCCAUCCUCAUCCCAUUCUCAUGAUCGGAGUGGCUGCCACAGGUCGCCUGAAUGUGGCUGUAGGAAGAAGCUGAAUGCAGCAGUGGGAGAGGCUCUGCCUGGCUGGCAAGUCCCUCCUUUGGUGAGAGGUGUCCUCAAACCUGUCAGAGAUGCCACUUUCUCCUCCACUUGUCUCCAGGACCCCAGUGGUGGGAGCACUUAGCAGCCGUGGGCUCUGGACAGCCGGACAUAGCUUGGGCAGGAGGUCUCCCCCUUCCCUGCCGUCCAUCGAUGUGUCUUCCACCAGCUUUUCUUUUUGCUUCUUAAAAGAGUCUGUGUCAUUAACUAAACCCACAACUUUCCUUAAAGGGAUGAGGAUGAUGAGGAUGAGCAGCUCCAUUUAAUAGCAAAGAUGGCUCUUACAUGUGAUUCUCUUUUCAAUUCUUCUGUGCAGAGCGGUGACACCCAGGCGUGUCUCCCGUACAGUCAUUCAGAGCCUCCUGGGCUGCCAAGGGGGUUGCUUUCCCAGCCCCAGAGAUACAGGUAUGUGACCCCAUGUCCCAGAGCAUGAAAGCUGCUGCAAAGCUUUGGUUCUGUUACAGUUAAACCUGAAAAUCCUUCUGCCUUCCACUCUGAUCCUAUUUCAUUACCUGUACGUGGGGAAGAUUUUAUUCCUUGCAAAUGGAGGGGGAAACAGCACAGUAAGUUCUAAGUGUAACAUAAAAAUGGGUUGCACAGGGAGCCCAAAAUUCCUCUGCUCUUUCACAUUCACCUCAUGUUUCCUUGUUGGGGAAGCUGGGAGCAGCUGUGCCCAAAUCUCACCGAAAUCUUAUCCUCAGCCUUAUGCUUCAGGAAGUCGAGGGAUGAGGGGACAGCACAAGGUCUAACAGUAAACUAGUAAAAUUUUCUCUUGUAUCAGAACUGUUCUUGUACAGAGCCACCGAGCACUGCAAUAUUCUGUCUGUAUGUAUCAACCCCAAGUAUUCUGCUUGUAAAACUCAUCCCUGCACAUUAUCCAUCCCUAUGCUGGACUGAGUGUACAUGUGCCUUCACCCUUUUUCAUGGUUUGUCAUCUUUUUUUAACACAAUUACAGAACUUGAAUAAAUCACUGAACUGCAGUUACAAGUCCUAUGCAAGAGGUGACUGGGGAGUCAGUUUUUGAUAUUUCUGUGUUUCUGUGUUGUUUUUAAAGUUGCCGUGAAGACUUUUCAGAGAAGCUCAACAGAAUGAUUACUCCCAAAAACAUUUAGAUUAUUUUUUUUUUUUUAGCUAAAAAGCAUUUAGCAUUUUGGAUGCUAAAUCUUUUAGCAGCUUUGAAAAGCUCAGCCUAAACCCCAGUUCCUCACUGAGCCAUGCAUGGAGAGCAAGAGCAGUAGCAGCAGGAAGGACGAGCACCAGAACAGCCGGCAUGUUUCACAGCCGGUGUUUCCUCUCAAGAGAAAGGUUGGAAAAGGUUGCCUUAAGCCUUCCCUAAAAUGCAUCAGAGAAUGUUCCCAUCCCCAGCCGCCCUGCGCCCACUGCCAGCCUGGGGCAGAGCGGGCACGUGGCCAUCAAGCAGCUCUCCAUCACCAGGCUCUGCUGAAUGCCUUAACUGGGGCCCAGCUGCCACUCUGGACCUUGGAGAAGAGGCAAAAACAAGGUCCACAUUUUUCUACAUCACCUAUGCUGUAGGACUGAAACCUCGUCCGAAACUCAAAGCUAACAAAAUCUGCCCUUUUCGUGUGUUAUGUGUUCAGUCGGUGUGAGCAAGGUUAGUAGGGAAAGGGCGUCUCCUCCUCAUAGGACACUGUGUAAACAUUUGCUGUGUGUCAACAGAGUGAAGGACACGACUGCCUGGGAUACGUUGUGUAGUGUGCCUGUGUGUAUGUAACCUGGUUUUGGUUGUUAGGUUGUAAUGCUGUCUCUUGACUGAGAAAAGAAAUCUAAUAUAAAGAAAAAUCACAAGAAAUAAUAAAAAAAAUCUAUUUAAACUCUA